AUGAUGGGGUCAAAUGUGUCAUGGGACUGGCUGGAAACCAUUUCACAUUGUGUUGUUGCACUAGGUGAUCUUCAGAAGACUUUGAACAACACUCUUGGAGGUGACCAGGGCACAAAACAUGCACCCCCAGAUCUUAAAGAUGAUAUCAAAAGUCUUAUGACCAGCCUUGAUGAGCAUAAAGUUUAUCAAAUUCAAAAAGGGUGGAUGGUAAAGGAUGAAGAAGUUGUAGAAGAUGUUGUUGGAGUGGGACUACAAAGCCUAACAGCAGGUGAGAAGAGUCCACUAAACAAGUAUAAUGCAGUCUUCAGAAGACUUCAACAAUGGCGCAAAAUGAGACCAGUAUCAUCUUCCACCACCCUCGAAAAACCAUCUGAACAGGCUGCAGCAACACUUUUGACCCAAACUCUGCAACCACAACCCACUGCCACAUCUCCAGCUCCUGUGAUUCCAGCAACUGAAACGGAUGAGGAGGCACUUGAGGAAGGUCUACUUUCAGUGGAAACAACUGAGAUUGAUAGAAUCCUCAAGGACAUUGAGAACAGGGUGGUGGAUGAAACAUUGCUGCGGCUAACUGAGGAUGAUGUUGCCUUUGACAUGGAUGAGAUUGUUGUGGAAGACAAUGAAUUUGUUGAUCCUGAUGAGUCAGAUACAAAUGACAGUGAAGAUGACAUAGGCUGGAUGGAUGAAGGGCAAUGGGAGGGGUGA